AUGGCUUCCAACGAGUCUCCCGCUGCUCCCCAUGAGCCCCCCUAUACAUACCGCCCCAACCAGGGCUACGAACAGACCGAAGACAUCCCCGCCGAGCUGAGAAUCGUGCCCCACGAUGCCACAGGCCAGGAAGAAGACGACGACGACUUGGAGGACGUCUUUGGCGAGGAUGAAGAGAUUGAUGACGAGGACUGGACUGCCGACUCUGGCGAUCUGACAAAGUCCUACAACCGCCAGCGCAUGUUCAACAGCAACGACAACGCCGUCCCGCGUUCCAACGUCCAGAGACCGACCGCCAAUACCAAGUCGAGUGUCGACGACCAGAUCACAGCACUUUCCAAGCAUGCUGCCAAGAUCAGAUUGGAUAGCGUCAAGGAUACCGAUGAGAAGAGCAAGGACAAGGCGGACCGCGCGACAAGUGAGCAGGUUCUGGAUCAGCGUACGCGUAUGAUCCUGCUGCAGAUGAUCAACCGCGGCAUCGUCAGUGAAAUCCACGGUGCCAUCAGCACUGGAAAAGAGGCCAACGUCUACCACGCCAUUCUGCACCCCGAGGGAGACGGUCCUAAUGUUCAGCGCGCCAUUAAGGUGUACAAGACUUCGAUUCUCGUCUUCAAGGAUCGCGAAAGAUACAUCGCUGGCGAGCAUCGUUUCCAGAAGGGUUUCGACAAGAGCAGCAACAGAAAGAUGGUCAAGCUGUGGGCUGAGAAGGAGUUCCGUAACCUAAGGAGAAUACACACUGCGGGUAUCCCGUGCCCAGAACCCAUCAGCCUGAAGCUGCAUGUUCUGGCCAUGGGUUUCCUUGGCGACAAGAAGGGAUGGGCGUAUCCCCGCCUGAGAGACGCAAAUCUGACUGGGGACGACGUCGAAGAGCAGUGGAGGGCACUGUAUGUUCAGUUGCUGGGCCUCAUGCGCCGGAUAUACCAGAUUUGCAGGCUCGUCCACGCCGAUUUGAGCGAGUACAACAUCCUGUACAACGCUGGAAAGCUGUAUAUCAUUGAUGUAUCCCAGAGUGUAGAGCCCGAUCACCCGCGGGCGUUGGAGUUCCUGCGCAUGGAUAUCAAGAACGUCGGCGACUUCUUCAGGAGAAAGGGCGUCGAUACGCUCAGCGACCGCAGCAUCUUUGACUUCAUCUCUGCGACAGACGGGCCUGUCGAAGAGCCCGCCCUGGGCGAGGCUAUCGAGCAGUUAUACACCAACAGACCUGCGGACAACGAGGAAGCUGCUGCCGAGCAGGAGGUUGACAACGAGGUCUUCCGGAAACAGUACAUUCCCCAGACCCUCGAGCAGGUUUACGACAUUGAGAAGGAUGCCGCCAAGAUUGGGCAGGGUGAUGGUGAUAAGCUUGUCUACAAGAACCUUUUGGCCGACACUGUUGUCAAGGACGAAGAGAAGGAAGAGGAAGAGGAAGAGACGUCAGAGGACGAGUCAGGCAGCGGAGCUUCUCUGGCCAGUGGCGAGGAGGACGAUUCUAAGUUUGACAAGGGCCGGCCUAGGGGGCGCAAGCACGAGGACAAGGAGGAGAAGAAGGCAACGGUCAAGGAGGCGAAGCGCGAGAAGCGCAAGGAGAAGAUUCCCAAGAGCGUCAAGAAGAAGCUCGUCUCUGCGUCGUCAAGAAAGAAGCACUAA